AUGACUACUACAACAAAAAAGCAACUCGAAAUCGAUGAGGUCCAGGAACUAACAGAGGAAGAAAUUAAAGCUCCAGGUUGUGGAAUUCUGGGGCGUUACCCAGUUCUUUCCGUCCUUAUUUUUGCAUCGGCUGGCAUUGGAAUUGGUCUUGGCCUCAGUUUUUGGGAACCAGAUGACGAUGACGAUACAAAGGAUAAAGUCAUCAAGUGGCUCGGUCUCGUUGGCGACUUAUUUAUUCGCUCACUAAAAUGCGUCGUUUUACCAUUGGUAUUUAUCAACGUGAUUAUAUCUGUGGUGGAUAUGAUGAAUGUGGGACGAGCUGGAUCUAUUGGUUGGAAAACAAUUGUGCUUUAUCUGCUGACUACCGUCAUCGCGUCGAUCCUUGGCAUUAUCUCGAUUGUCAGUUUCAAAGGCCUUUUCGAGGAAGGAGAAUUCGAGGAAGCCGUUCCUGCAUCAGUCAAGCUUGGGUGUAACCAAGAUGGAGAAUUUCUCACUGAAAAUGCCAGCGGCGCUAUUUCGUGUGCGGCAGACUCGGGGGAAAGCUCUGAAUUCUUUAUCACAGAUGUAUCCAUGAGCUUUGUCCGUGCCUCCGGUAGUGUUCGUGAUGACAUUUCUUUGAGCGAUACGGUAUAUGAUGGCGUUUUUACGAAACUAGUCACAGCUAACAUUUUUGAGUCGUUUGUUGAAGCCAAUUUUGCUGCUGUCGUCUUCUUCGCCAUCGCUUUUGGGGUGGCAAUCAGUCGCGUCUUUGAUCAGGGUGGUGGUCCCGACAAGAGUUUCAUUCUACCGUUUCUCAAGGAACUGGACGGCGUAUUCCUUACGAUUAUCAACUGGAUCAUUAUGAUUACUCCGUUUGCAGUGCUUUCUCUAAUUUCCUCGGCGAUUGGAAAGCAGGAAAAUCUUGCGGACUCCUUUUCCAAUGUGGGAUAUCUCGUGGUUGCCACAAUGAUUGCGAUGUUCUUUCAAUUUUUGGUCGUUCACUGCCUUCUUUUCUUUAUUGUGACGCGCACUAACCCCUUCGAGUACUUAAAGCAUCUGAUUCCGGCGCAAACAAUGGCAUUUGCAUGUGCCAGUAGCGCAGCGACAAUUCCAAUGACUCUCAAGUGUGUGCGCCAAACGGAGCGGGUACCCGAGCCCGUGGCUCGUUUCGUUAUUCCUCUUGGGGCGACAGUCAACAUGGACGGUGGAGCAAUUUAUUUCCCAUGUGCGUGUAUAUGGCUUGCUGUGCUGAACGGUAUCCAACCAGAUGCUGCUUCCUACCUUCUAUUGGUUAUUAUUUCAACGAUCGGCAGUGCAGGCACAGCGCCAGUGCCUUCGGCCAGCCUCGUGCUUAUUAUCACGGCUUACAAUACUGUCUUUAACACCACCGGAGUUCCUGAGGGGUUUUCUUUCAUUUUGGCGAUCGACUGGUUCAUGGAUCGCCUACGCACUGUCGUGAAUGUGACUGGCGAUGGCGUUGUGGCUGGAAUGGUGUCACACCUUUGCCCGGUGGACGACGACACUGGGAAUGUGCUUUACGUGGACAAAACUGAACAACACGAAGCUGGAGCUGGCUCUUCUACAGAUAGUGAUAUCAAUCUAAAUGCGGUGGAAGUCACGCGAAACUGA